GGCAAGGCAUCAGCCGCAGCAUCAUCUCGAGCAUCACAGAGCGAAUCCUAUUACAUCACUUUAUCGCCAUCUGAUUGGCUGAAGGUCAACGGUUUACCAGCAAGUCUUCGCUGAACAUUUCGGCCGUUGCGAAAACAUUUUAUCGUUUUUCUGCCCCGACAACCUUUAAAAAAUCUAGCCUGACCAAGCACUGCAUCACCAUGGCCGAGAGCGAGGCAGAAACGCCAAGCACCCCUCAAGAGUUCGAGAGUAAAUAUUUCGAAUAUAACGGAGUGAGGCUGCCUCCCUUUUGCAGAGGGAAGAUGGAGGAAAUUGCCAACUUCUCUCUCAGGAGUAGCGACAUAUGGAUAGUCACCUAUCCUAAAUCAGGAACCAGUCUGCUGCAGGAGGUGGUUUACCUGGUGAGCCAGGGGGCGGACCCGGAUGAGAUCGGGCUGAUGAACAUUGACGAGCAGCUGCCGGUUCUGGAGUACCCCCAGCCGGGCCUGGACAUCAUCCAGGAGCUGACCUCACCUCGUCUGAUCAAGAGCCACCUGCCGUACCGCUUCCUCCCCACCGCCAUGCACAACGGGGAGUCCAAGGUGAUCUACAUGGCCCGGAACCCCAAAGACCUGGUGGUGUCCUACUACCAGUUCCACCGCUCCCUGAGGACCAUGAGCUACCGCGGCACCUUCCAGGAGUUCUGCCGCAGGUUCAUGAACGACAAGCUGGGGUACGGCUCCUGGUUCGAGCACGUGCAGGAAUUCUGGGAACACCGCAUGGACUCCAACGUCCUCUUCCUGAAAUACGAAGACAUGUACAAGGACCUGGGCACGCUGGUGGAGCAGCUGGCACGCUUUCUGGGCGUGUCCUGCGACAAGGCCCAGCUGGAGGCCAUGGUGGAGAGCUGCCACCAGCUGAUCGACCAGUGCUGCAGCUCGGAGGCACUGUCCAUCUGCAGGGGGCGCGUGGGUCUGUGGAAGGACAUCUUCACCGUUUCCAUGAACGAGAAGUUCGACGCCGUGUACAGGCAGAAGAUCGGCAAGUCCGACCUCAGCUUCGACUUCAGCCUGUAGAAAUCGAUGAAUGGAAUGGCACCGCCGUCGCUGCCCCCCCCCCAACCCCCCCAAUCCCUCCCCAGUCCCCAAACCCCCCCACCCCUCGCUGCAUGUACCACUGAGCUCCACAGACUCUUCACCGAACAACUGUUCACCACACCCAUCUUCCAUCAGCUGGACCGCCUUUCCCCGCUCCAUACAACCAGGACUCCGCCCAUGACCGCGACACCGUAACCAUGACCACACCUGCUGGGACUACCCUAAUUCCUCUGCUGCUUACCUGUGUUAUUGCAUAAUCAGUCCUUCACCCGUUCUGUCUCUGUUCUGCUGUUUGGUAUAUACAGUAAAUAUAUAUAUAUGUAUAAAGAGAACAGCCUCUUCCCUCUAGCAUUCGACCACGUUAAUCUUGAAUAAGACGCUUGAGGUUUGUGAUGUCACGCGAGGUCCGGCGAGCAAGUCGCGCGUCUGUAAAAACACGGAGCCGCCCGGCAGCGUGCGACGCCGCCGUUACGCUUCAUCUGCGGGCGUCGCAUCACCACAGCGCGAGGGAAACACGUUUGGGACUUCUGCGCGUUUAUGUUGAGGUAGAUUUUCUCAGGGUUCACAGGCUCUUACUCAGAAAGCGUCUUCGCUGGGGGCCGACGGCACGACUUCAAUCGGAGUCCCUCUCUCUCGCCGUCCGCUCGCUGGUGCAGAGGAUACGGGGGUACCCCCCGGGGUCCAUCAGCUGUAUUUUCGAGUCGUCUUCUGUCAAAUAAAACGGGGAGAGGUCAGCUUCAGGGCCGUCCACACACUUUUGGAGCUUUUCGAAUCGUUCUCAGCUCGCGUUCCUGACGCUAACAUGGCACCAUCCCGUCACUGCGGUCCAGUUUUCCUAUGAUAGGUGUACGCUUCUCGGAGUCACGCCAGUACCUUCACGCCCGUUUGCAAGGUUGUCGCAGCUUUCCCCAGCAUCGCAGUGAGUCUAGGGCAAACAAAAACGCCACAGCAACACACUUUUUGUUUCCCGCCGUCCCCCAAACCCAAAACUUUCCGGCUGGAUUAUUAUUAUUUUUUUUAAAAAGGCCCUGAUCACACAUACUCUUUUCCACAAGAUUACGUUUCAAAGGCAUGUUUGCAAAUAAAACGAAAUCACAAGACACACGAUGUUUUAACAGCAGUUCGCACGCAGCGUUUGACUAGCUGGGAUGGACAGGCCGUAGCAGAGCUAGCAGUCGUCACGUUUGCCUUUUGUAAGCUGUAGGUGCUUAACUCACCGAAGCCCUGCGUUCUGGCCCUCAGAAGCAAACCCCCAGCCCCUGCACCUGUGACCCCCCUCUGGGGUAAAGGGCACUAACCCCGACUCAUCACCUCAAAAUGAUGUGAUUGAUCCUGUACAGCCAACAGAAACCAGAAGCACCCCCACCCAGCAAAAUACUAUACAUAUAUUUCAAGCCAGAAUGUUUGGGGGUGAGGUUCCAGAUCACAGGUGAAACAAUGCCUACUCAUCAACAGUCUGUCUGGCUCACAAAAUAUAAUCUUGCAGAAAGCUGUGCAACUGUGCAGCUGGAUUGUGUGUGAAACAUCUUAAAUGAGUAUGUGAUCUUAACUGAUUUCCCUGAGGGAGGGGGCUGCACACGUGUGGGGGAGCUCUGAGGCGGAACGCAGCGGGGAUGUAUCGGGACACGCGUGUGCGGAUGGUGCUGAGCGCGUCACACACCGACGGCCGCUCUCGAGAACACGCGGGCACCCGACCGCCGUUUUCCAAAAAUACGUUUUUUGGCUGUGACCAGGUCAGCACCUUUCCCUUACCGAUUUGUAACCUUCUUUGCACCCCAAAGAACUACGAGUCGAGUCGUUAGGGGGAGAAAACAACCAAGUCUGGGGAACAAAUAUCGUAAAUCUGGAGAGCGACCGAACGCGGAAAAAAAACCAGUCACCUCGUCUGACCCGAACGGAACCGCGGGUCGCCGCGCUCCGGAUCGCGGUCGAGGGCAAGAACCUCGCCGUACGCCGAGACAUUCGCCGAGACAUUCGCCGGCCCGUGCGGGGCGAAUCUGCAGUUAACGUCCUCCUGCGCGCAACCGUGUUCUGUGAUAACAUCACCCAGAAUCCUCUCUGUCCGGCAAUAAUCCCCCGGCCACACCGGUCGCUCCAACCAUUAGCACUGCUAAGGCUGGACAUCGACUGUGUCUCAAUCGCGUGGCUUCGACGAAAGUGCAGACCAGUAUACACUGUACACUCUGCAUUUCUAAAGGCAUGUCUAAAGCUUUGACUGAGACCACUUUUUGUCCGUCGUUUUAGUCUCUUCUUCAGGCGCACUGCAGUCUGGGUUAUAUUUUUAUAUGGUUUCGGUUAUUUUAUGAAGUCCCUGUGCACUGUGCUUCCUGGGCUUGCUUGUAUUUAUUUAAUAAAGAUGUGCGACUUCA